AUAAUUACUGUGUAUAUUAUGAGAUGUAGUGAGAUUAGAUGAGUUUUAUGAGUGUCGUGAGAGAAAGUGAGCGUGGAGGUGGUGGUGUGCACUUGCUGGCUGGCAGCCCACACCUGGCCACAGCUGUGUGUGCUGUCAACAGUUCAACACCUGUCCACCUCUGGGGAAACACCUGCCAGGUGCUCGCGUGACUGUGUGCUUCCCUGGACAUCUGUGAGGCGCUCUGGACAUCUGUGAGGCUCUCAAAUAAUUUGAGAACCCGUUGGACGUCUGUGAGAUAGAAUAAACACACGUGAGCACCUGUGGACAUCUGUACGAUAGUCUUGGCAUAUUGUGAGCACUUGUGACACAUUUGAGUAUCCAUGGACAAAAACCUGUCAAUGACUGGAGAUGUCAGGAGUGUUAGCAGCCAUAACAUGUCGUGGCGCACAAGUCCCGUUGGCGGCCUUGGAUCCAAGUGUGUUGCUGGCUUUUCGUCAAAGCUGGCUUCCAGGCUUGCGAGGUGGUAGUUUGGGGGUAUGGGUGCAACUCCUAAGAAGUAGCAGUGGUACAGUAGGGUCAAAAAGAACAUCACAUCUUCAUGAACAGUAUUUUCAGGGUAUCGGAUCCCCCAAUGUCUCGGGUAAAAGAUGUCAACACAGCAGAAGUGGGAGAGGUGUUGCAGACACCUCUAUGCAUUUAUCAGCUAGUCAAACUCAAGUUUUAGAUCCCUCUACUAAGUUUCAGAAUUUAAGUACUUCAGAAGUUAAAAGGUUAUUUACACUUGCAAAACCAGAGAGAUGGACUUUGGCAUGUGCCAUUGGACUUCUGACAAUAUCAAGUACAAUAACAAUGGCUAUACCUUUUGCUCUUGGCCAUGUUAUUGAUGUAAUUUAUACAGCUGAUACCCUAGUGAUGAAGCAGAACUUACAGCACGUGUGCCUAGCUUUAAGUGGUGUCUUUCUGGUUGGUGCUGCUGCCAAUUUUGGCCGGGUGUACCUCAUGAAUGUAGCAGGCCAACGUAUAACACGUGCUCUUCGAUCAUCAGUUUUUUCUUCAAUCAUGAAACAAGAGGUUGCUUUCUUUGAUACAAAUAAAACGGGGGAACUCAUAAACCGCCUGUCAGCUGAUACAGCUGUAGUAUCUCAGUCAGUUACUAUGAACAUCUCUGAUGGUCUGAGGUCCAGUGUCAUGGCAUUAGCUGGAGUUGGGAUGAUGUUCUAUAUGUCGACUGAAUUGGCCGUAGUGGGACUGAGCAUUGUUCCUCCUGUGGCCCUCAUGGCAGUGUGGUAUGGUCGCUAUGUGCGCAACAUUACUAAACAUGUGCAGGACACCCUUGCACAAUCGACACAAGUCGCAGAAGAAAGAAUUGCCAACAUUCGUACAGUAAGAUCAUUUGCACAAGAGCCUCGUGAAAUGAAGACAUAUGACAGUAAUAUUGACAGUGUUCUUCAUAUGACAUACAAAGAAUCUCUUGCAAGAGCAAUUUUCUUUGGACUGACUGGACUGAGUGGAAACGUCAUCAUUUUAUCUGUCCUUUACUAUGGAGGAGGUUUGGUCUCUGAAUCUUCCCUCACCAUUGGACAACUUUCAUCAUUCCUCCUGUAUGCAGCAUAUGUUGGCAUUGCUCUUGGCGGAAUUUCUUCAUUCUACUCGGAAAUGAAUCGUGGUCUUGGGGCAUCCACAAGAUUAUUCGGUUUAAUGGACCGAAUACCAAAAAUUCCAACACAUGGAGGUAUAUCUCUACCUUUGGAUGGUUUUAGGGGUGACAUCAAUUUUACAAAUGUCAACUUUGCAUAUUCAACAAGGCCUGAAGCUGUAAUAUUUAAGAACCUCAGUCUUUCUGUGCCAUCCGGUUCAGUAGUUGCUGUUGUAGGUGCCAGUGGAUCUGGCAAAAGCACCAUUGGAUCCUUGCUCUUGCGCUUAUAUGACCCACUAAGUGGGGAGAUUACAAUUGAUGAUGUACCGUUAACUCGGCUGGAUCCAUCAUGGUUGCAUACAGUAAUUGGUUCUGUUAGUCAGGAGCCAGUGCUGUUUUCUACAACUAUUCAUGAAAACCUGCUGUAUGGUGCUCAGGAUCCUGCAGCCAUCACAAAUGAGGAUAUUGUCACUGCUGCAAAGGAAGCCAAUGCUCUCUCAUUUAUCAACUCCUUCCCAGAAGGCUUUGAUACAGUUGUUGGUGAACGGGGCAUAAUGCUGUCGGGUGGGCAGAAGCAGAGGAUUGCAAUAGCUCGUGCCUUGAUCAGUAACCCACGUAUCUUAUUGCUAGAUGAGGCCACGAGUGCGUUGGAUUCUGAAAGCGAGAGCCUGGUGCAAGAAGCCUUGGAACGCCUUAUGCAUGGACGUACAGUCAUUACCAUUGCCCACAGGCUUUCAACGAUCAGGAAUGCAGACCAAAUAGCAGUGUUACAUGAAGGGGCCAUUAGUGAAGUGGGCUCCUAUACGGAGUUGAUGCAGAAAAAUGGUAUUUUCCGGAAGCUAGUCGACAGGCAAACCCUCGUUAGCUGAAAGCUUUCAUCACAAUAUCACACGGAUCUAACUUGGGGGCUAGAUCUUAUGCCUUAUGAAAAUAAUAGUUAAGCCUGGUUUCUCUUGUUAAUUUUGUCUUUAAUGUUAUAAUGGGAAUUAAGAAAUAGUACCUGGUUAAAUGUUAUUUAUUAUGUGUGUUUAUGUAGAGUUUGAUUUUUCAAUGUAGUAUUUGUAGCAGACUUUCUUGUAUAUUGUAGUUUCUUCUAAGUUAUAUUUUUUGUUUGAUUUAGGUAAAAGUACAUGCAUACAAAAUGAGUUAAAAGCAGAAUGUUGGAUUUCUAGAUUGAGCUAGUGUAUAUACUAUGCCUAUAGAAUAGGCAUAGUAUAUCUUGAAUUUGGUAGUACAUUUCCAGUUUGGGGUAUAAAAGGCAAGUUUUACCUAGGUUAUUGGGAGUUACAUUUAAUUGACAAGUUAGUAUCUCGGUGAAAUAAAGAAGACUUGCAUUGCACUUACAGUAUAUAUAUAUUUUUUUAAUUAUCAAAAGAAAGCAUUAAGCCUGGAAGACUAUUUAUCGUCAUCUGUGGCUCGGAAUAGUCAAAUGGUUUAAUCAUUCAAGAUGCUAAUAUAUAGUGUAUCUACUUUGUAAUUGGUAAUGGAAAUAAGAUAGUUUAAAAUGUAUAUAAUUAUUUAAGUUUUUAUAGUAUAUUACUUUAGACAUCUUGCAUAUGGCAUGAUGCCAGAAUCUUGUAAACAGGACAACAAAUAGGUAGAUAAAACUAAUUUUGUAUUGAAAUACUGUAGUCAAUAAAUAACUUGAAAUAUGACAAAAAUACUUUAUUCAUACCAUAUAUGUCAAUAUCUAUUGCUUAGGAAGAAUUCAAAUUGCAUUAUUUUUGCUCUCUAACAGGAUGAUUUUCAGUGUCCUGUCAUAAGACAUUCAUAACAAAUGUGAACAGAAAUUAAAGUACUGUACAGACUGAAGUUUAAAAUGACAAUGAAACACCUUUAAGAGAUAACGAAAUAAUAUUUUAUAAAUUUAAGUGUUGAUCUAUUAAAUAUGCCAGAAAUAAGAGGAUUGGCUGUAGAUAUUUUAAUUCGGUACACAGUGCAGGCAUAAGCCCACAGUGUGACCCGGCUUUUAUUGUCCAAACCGCUACUCAAAGAUUUUUGUGACGAGAGGCAUAACUUCCCUAGCCAGUGGCCUGAAGUGCCACGUGUGUGUGUGUGUGUGACAUGGCAGUUGUUGGUGAUGUAUGUUGACUUUUACUCGACGUACAUCACCAAAGAGUAAGAGCUCUUUAUAACAUUUGUUUCGUGACAUUGUGUGUGUUCAUUGAUGUUUCCAAGUGUUUAUGUAAAGAAAAUCACAACUGUUCCAGCCACAAAUGCUCCCAGGAAUUGUGUAAAAUUGGUUAGGAGCUUAGAUAGCUCAUUACUCUUUGGCAGACUCCUUUGUCGAUCUUAAGAUUAAAAUUCUUAGAGAAUCAUUAGCCGUGUGGAUGGUAAUGAACUGGUGAUCACUAGGUUAUAAGUUUAAACUUGGGAGGGUGUAAUUACCUAAGUGCAGUUAUAUGAUGAAUGUUUUGCUCGUUUUGUCCCAUCUUCUCAGCACUGUCAUAUGCUUUGAAACUACUAAUGGUUUUGGCCUCUACCACCUUCCCACUUGAUUUGUUCCAACCAUCUACCACUGUUUGCAAAAGUUAAAUUUCUAAUAUUUUCUCGGCAACUUUGUUUAGCUAAUUUAAAUCUAUGACCUCUUGUUCUUGAAGUUCCAGGUCUCAAGAGUCCUUAUUUAUCAAUUUUGUUGAUUCCCAUUACUAUUUUGUAUGUAGUGAUCAUAGCCACUUCUUUUAUCUAUUAGCUUUGGCAUAUUUAAUGCCUCUAACCUCUUCUCAUAGCUCAUUGUUCAGUUCCAGAAGCCAUUUAGUUGCAUGUCUUUGCACCUUUGUUCAUUUUAUUCAAUUGAACCCCUAAUGAAAUUUGUUACGGUGUUGAAGCUCCUACCAGAAGUACAGUAUAGCAGUUAUAUACUAUGCUGUAUUAGCUAUUCAGUUUUAACUACCCGGUAUUAAAAAGAAAACAUACACAAACUCAGUUUUGAAUAUGAAGCUGGAUAUUUUUCACCAGCUCCAUGAAUUAGUACAGAACUUGUGGUAAACCUUCAAUGAUGAGUUAACUAAGAUUUAAAAAAUAUACUUUUUUGUUAACAUUAUGUAGUGUAGUAAAUACUAAAAUAGUGCUUCAGCAGAGUGUAGGAAUAUGUUCACUUUAAUGUACUGUACCUUUAAAUUGAGUAUUAGCACACAUAGAAUGAGUAGCUGCAUAACUUGAUAUUUGUACUUUAUGUAAUGUAUUAAAAGUUGAAUUACAGGUGAUAAAAAUAUGUAGUCAAGAUUAGAUUUACAGAAAUAUAUAUUUUUCUCCACAUGUGAAGAAUGUUUUAACAGUAGAGUAGUUGGAAUUCUUCAGUUGCUAUGUUUAAUGAAGCUUUGCAACUUUGUAUCAAGUGUGCUCGGUUACCGAGUUAAAGGGGUGAAGUCUGUACUGUAUGAGUGUUUUUACUCGUUUACUUUCUAUAUGAUAUAUACUGUAUGUACACGGAGUUGUAUCCAGCAUUUUGUUUUAAGUUCACAGAGUUUAUCUUAGUACUGGACUGUGUUCAAGACUAAAGUAUAUUUGCUGGUUGAUCAAUAAGCUAAUGUGGUGGCCUAAAUAACUCUCCAGAGGGUGAUAAAAUUUGUUUAUUUUUAAUUUAUCACAAUUAUAUUCUCUCCCUUUA